AUAAACCUCUGGCCCCGAGCCAGACCGGGGAAAUGAAAGUGAAAGAAAACAUCAGCACAAGACGACCGGAGCUGCAACAUGGCGGGACGCACAGCCGCUGCGAGCCGCGGAGCCGCCGCUCUGCUCGUGGCCGUCUGCCUCGACCUGUCCUUGUGUUACGCGGCGGGGCUCGUGGAGACACGCAGCCCGCUCGGCCACUUGGCGCGCGCCUGGGCGCACGCGGCUCUCCGGUGUUCGGCGCUGACGGCCGUCGCGCUGCUCUUCCUCGGACACCUCGACCCGGUGCUGACUCGCGUGGUGGCGGCGCACGGCCUGCUGCCCGCGGUGUUUGAGACCGGCAGCCACGCGCUCUACGGCGAGGACAGCGCGCGCGGCUCGUCGCUGGAUGCGCGCCGCUGGCUCACGUGCGCCGCCGCGUCGCUGGCCGCCGCGCUGUUCUGGGAGGUCAUCGUGCGGGUCACCGUGCGGGACACCGAGGGUGACGCGGUCACCGUGCGGGAGAGGAAGCAGAAGGCCAGAGUUCUGUUGGUGAGGGUUCUGCGCAUGUUCCGACCCGAAUACCCGCUGCUGCUCGGGGGCCUGGCGAUGCUGACGAUGGCUGCUUCCUGUGAGAUGUUCAUCCCGUUCUACACGGGGAGAGUCAUCGACAUCGUCGCCGCUCGGUACCGGCCAGAUGAGUUCUUCUCGGCGCUCCUCCUCCUGGGCCUGUUCUCUCUGGGCAGCUCCCUGGGGGCCGGCGGCAGGGGGGGGGUCCUGAUGUGUGCCAUCAGCUCCUUCACAUGCAGAAUGAAAAUCAAGCUGUUUGAGGCUCUGACCCGACAGGAUAUCGGAUUCUUUGAGACCACAAAGACAGGUGAGAUCACCUCCAGGUUGUCCAGGGACACGCCCCUGGUGGGCCGGGCCGUGUGUCUGAACGUCAACGUGCUGCUGCGGACCUCCGUCAUGACGCUGGGGGCGCUGGGCCUGAUGGCCGGCCUCUCGUGGAGGCUCAGCCUGCUGGUGCUGAUGGAGGCGCCCAUCAUCGUCCUGAUCCAGAACCUCCACGACACACGCAACCAGCGGCUGUCCCUGGCGGUGCAGGACUCGACGGCCCGGGCGGCCGACGUGGUGAACGAGGUGGUGUCCGGUAUUCGGGCGGUGCGCAGCUUCAACACGGAAAAACACGAGGCCCGUCGCUAUGACGACCGCUUGAUGGACACACACGUCCUCAAGGCCCGGCAGAGCUCCCUCAAGGCGGUUUACCUUCUCGCACGGAGGUUGACAGGGUUGGCCAUGAAGGUCAUCAUGUUGUACUACAGCAGGCUGCUCAUCCAGAGUGGACAGAUGACCACUGGCAACCUGGUUUCCUUCCUCCUCUACCAGUCCGAUCUGGGAGACAACUUCAGGACACUGACCUUCAUCUUUGGCGACAUGCUGAACUCGGUGGGGGCGGCCGGGAAAGUGUUUGAGUACCUGGACCGAAAACCUGAGGUCUGCAUGGAGGGGACACUGAAACCGGAUCAGCUGACCGGUCACGUGAUCUUCCACAAGCUCAACUUUGCCUAUCCUACAUCUCCCAACAAAGCAGUGCUGCAGGACUUCUCUCUGGAGCUGAAGGCGGGUCAGAUGACGGCACUAGUGGGUCGGUCUGGAGAAGGAAAAAGCACCUGUGUGAGUCUGCUGCAGCGCUUCUACGAGCAGCAGCACGGAGACGUCCUCCUGGACGGCCGACCGCUGGCGUCCUACGACCACCGCUUCCUGCACCAGAAGGUUGCGGUGGUGAGCCAGGAGCCGGAGCUCUUCUCCGGCUCCAUCAGAGACAACAUCGCCUACGGGCUCGCUGAAUGCUCAUUGGAGGAGAUCCAGGAAGCGGCGCGCAAAGCCGACGCCCAUGACUUCAUCAUGAGGCUGGAGGAGGGCUACGAUGCAGAGGUGGGCGAGGGCGGCGGCCAUCUGACCAAGAGCGGGAGGCAGCAGAUCGCCCUCGCUCGGGCUCUGGUGAGGCAGCCGCGGGUCCUCAUCCUGGAUGAAGUCACCAGCUCUCUGGACACGGACAGUGAAAAAAAGAUUCUGCAGACCCUGGCCGGCUGUCCCACCCAGACCCGGCUGCUCGUCUCUCACAAGCUGAAGAACGUGGAGGCGGCGGAUCAGAUCGCCGUGAUGGAGGACGGCCGAAUCCGGGAGCGAGGGACUCACCGGGAGCUGAUGCAGCUGCAGGGGAGCUACUACAAGCUGUGGAGCGACACACGCUAGAGGAGGUGGUGUUCAUGGAACACACACGUGUGUCAUGUGACAUGUGUCAUACAAUCUGUCAUAUUCAUUGAAUGUGUAGUAACUCUGUAACACUUCAUUCUGGUCACAUGACAUCGAGAGUUCAACUGGUCACAUGACAUCUAUUGUUCAUCUGGUCACAUGACAUCUAUUGUUCAUCUGGUCACAUGACAUAUAGUGUUCAUCUGGUCACAUGACAUCUAUUGUUCCUCUGGUCACAUGACAUCUAUUGUUCAUCUGGUCACAUGACAUAUAUUGUUCUCUCCAUCCUGGAGAGGGAUCCUCCUCUGUUCUCUCCUGAAGGGUUCUUCACUUUUUUCCCCCUUAAAGGUUUUUUUCUAUUUCUUGGUAGUUGUUCCUGAUCCGAUGUGAGGUCAAAGGUCAAAGGUCAGGGAUGUUGUGUGUGUACAGACUGAGGAUAAUUCGUAAUUUGUGAUAUUGGGCUAUACAAAAUAAACUGAAGACAAUGGCCACACACACACACACACACACAUGUAUAUACUGAACAUAUGGACACACAUACCUGAUGAAAUAUUUUGUAUAUAUUGUUUUCUAAGUAUUACAAUUGAAGCCGGACAGAAAAGCUCAAACAUGUGGAACCUCCUCAGCUCUAGUCGUGUUCUUCUGCUCUUAUUUAUUUGGUCAAAUUGACAUUGGACAUUGUAAAUUAAUUGGUUGUGUGUUUCAUAAUUCCUGCCCCAUUAGGUAGCGGUGGAUAAACGUUUGACAGCCAUCAGUCGAUGCAAUACCAAAGGUUGCCUCGUGUGUUCGUAAUAAAUAAAAGAUUUAUAUUUCAAACCACA